AUGUCAAAAGACUUCUCAGGAUUUCCAUCCUGCGGCAAAAGCGGGGAACUGCUUUUCCAGCGACAAAGUGGACUGCACCUUUCAAUACGAAUUAGUUUACGUAGGGAAGCUGUAUCGCAGCGUGGCGAAUCGCAGUCCUUGAACCUCCCAGGGGCACGAGAAGAAGCCAAAAAAAGAAGCGAGGGCAGCGCCGCGCAACAUCAAUAUUUCAGCAAUAUACUGUUGGCGACACGAAUGUCACAGGCAUGACCCUGAACAACCGCGUCGACGAUGCACUCGACUGGAACCGCCUCGCGGCAAUCUAGCAGCCGGUGGUAGAUUGUUUCCCGUGUUAAAGCUUCUUACGUUCACAUAAAGUACAAAAGUGCAUCAGCGCUGUAGUAUUUCUGCUCAGGCAAAAAGCCGCUUUCAGUAUUUGAGCGGACUGGAACUAAACUAGCUUUGAGCCUAUUAUGCUGUGAGGAUAUCUUGCCCUGAUUAGCUUCUCUUGCCGUUCAUAGUGUUGAUGGAUUUUUGAGGCGUUGAAGCUAUCUGGAUUAAAAGGCCAAACAAGCCUACUUUCUAUUCGAAAUUUACUUCAAGCAUAGUGACAGCUUGUUACUGGCAAGGUCCCCCUUGCUUUCUGUGAUGAGGGGGGUGUAUAGAUGCUAUUAGUUAGUUUCUUUUGAAAUCAUGAUGCUGAAUUUUUGAAUUUCAUUGUAGUCUGCCGUCAGAUCUGUACAAGUAAUGAUAUACUUGUUUUUAGCUGUACAGUUGUUUUUGCUCAUGC